GGUUGGUUUUGGUUUUUUUGCAUGUCAUCAAGGAGACGAAAGCAACAACACUGCUUACUUUGCUUGCUUCACAUCACUUCUUGCUGUGUUGCUGUGUGCUUCCAUCCAUCCAUCCAUCCAUCAAACCAACCUACCCAUCAGUCUUCGUGCACCCUCCCGACAUGACCAAAGGCCACCAUACAGGAGAGGCAGCGGAAGAGGCUGCCGUUGAUCCCGUGAAGAUGCCGCUGUCCCCGAUGCCAGUGGACCAAGAGCACCAGCUGCAGCGUGAAAAGCACGGGCACGGGCACGGGCACGGGCGCGGCAAGGCGUCCCACCCGCCAUCGUCGUCUCCACGAAAGAUUGCGGGAAGCUUUGAGCGUGGCGACCUCAAGGAUGCGCCCAGUGACAUUGACACUGACAAGUGGAGCUUCCUCUUUGCCCAAGACGUGCAGCAGCACCCAGCGAGCUGGCCAAGCACGGACGUCGCCAUGACCAGAUUCAACGAAGACGGCUACAUCACCAUGGACUCGUUCUUGUCCAAGGAAGGGGUGCGCUACCUUCAAGACCAGGUGGGCCAGCUUGUUCGUGAGAAGUCCAGCAAGGUUCACUUGGAGUGGAUCAUGAGCCCACACCAGUUCCUCCCGCCCAAGGACAACUGGGUCUGGCCCAUUGCCACCAACCCCAUCAUCACUUCCUUCGUCACCAAACUGCUGGGUGAUCCUGUUGUGCUGUUCUCCGCGCAGCUUGCCAUCAAGCAGCCACACAGCGGCACGCACGUGCCAUGGCAUCAGGACGGCGACAACUGCUGCACCGUCUGGAUCCCACUCGAUCGUGUGGAUGCCCGCAAUGGGUCUCUGCAGGUGCAGCCCCACCUCCACAAGAAGUACGUGAAAACGAUUGUGCUGCCUGCUGGUGGGCUUGAGAUCCACCACAGCUGCACGCCGCACUCGUCGCCGCCAAACACAUCCGCACGCCCGCGUCGCGUCCUCAUUCUCCGCUUCCAGGCCGUCACGGAACCCAUCGUCGGGGGCCCUGUUGAGCACUUGCGGACGGGUGAAACGCACGAGAAGCUCAACUAUCUCAUCCGCGUGAACAGACGCGACGCAACAGCGGCUGCUGCUGCUGACGACGACGACGAUGAUGUGAUUGAGAAUGGCGGUCCGCUCGCCGCGAAGAAGCCAAAAACUUCCACCAAACAUGCGCAGUAG